GACAGCGACAGAUAAGCCAGAGGUACACAGCAAUGACGAUUAUGGUAAGAUUCUAUGGCGUUGUAUUCUCUUUAAAGUGACUUAAUUCCAACAUUUUAUUGUGUUCGUUAUGAUGGCGAAUGAUCUGAAAGUAUCAAUGUUUAAAAGAGGGAAUCGAAGUCGAAUGCGUAAUAAGUUACGUAAUUAAUUUGCAUAACAAAUGAAGGUGAAGUAAUUUAGAGGUGCAGUUUAACUGAACUAAAUGAUCGCUGAAAAUCUCCACAUCUUGCGUCAGCAAAUAGGUUUUUUGGCAAACGUCACCAUGUGCUUGAAAUUUUGAUGCAGCCUAAAAUCCACAAGCUGAAGGAAUGAUCUUGUGUCUUUAGUUUGGACAUGAUUGAGAUUUUAUAGCUUGGCAAAAUUACGAUGUUUUAGUUACGUAAUCCGAAGCGCUGGCUCUCCAAAGCGUGUUGUUUCUAUUCGAGCGAUCUCUGGGAAAAUAUUUUUAAACAUGUCAAAGAUAUCCUAUUUUUCGUUCUUCAAUUUUCUUUUCUUUUUAAACCUGAAAUGGCGUGAGGGCCUGAAGAGCGAGUUGCUUUAAACCCGGUUUACUGCUGACAGUAUACAGUUCAGAAUGUUAAACUUCCGAAGAAGGUUUGUUUGCGGACUGGAUUCUGUUUUCCUUAGGAAUAAAUUUUGCUGCUCGAGUUCAGACUUAAAGUUCGACAAGGGUGUGAAUAUUUUCUCUGUAUCUUUACUUUUAAAAUACUUUCCUUUGAUGCCGCUCGUUUUUGUAGCUUCCUGGAAAUCUACUAACUAUGCACGUUGGCCAUCACGCAGUAGCCUGCAGAACAGGCGUUAUUUUUUUUGGCAUUUUGUGGGCGCUUUGCGUGCCAAUCAGAGAAGUAAUCUGACAUGCAAACAAGAUCAUUGCUUGCUACAUAAUCUUUUGACUUUGAAGUGUUUUCUUUGCAGAUUAAGUUAGUUCUCCCACUUCUUGUGGUACUCCUAGUCUCCACAGAGUCUGAGAGCCUAAAGCUUGGUCGCUUAUUUGGCAAACGUCCUUCAGGAGGAUCCAGCUUUGCUGAUUUUGCAAAUAAAAUUUUGUCUAGGCUUCCAAAGAUUCUCGGAUUUGGACAACAAAAGCCAGUUUCACCGACAAGUACACCUUCUCCUGAUGGCUUGCCUUCAUUCUGUUCUACGCACGACUGCCCUCGAUUCUAUGAAAAGAUCAAUGCAUCGGAUUAUACUUUACGCUGUUAUCCGAAGCCAUACAAAUGGGUCUCAACCACUGUCGAAGGUAAAACAAAAUCGUUCAAGCUAUUGAUUAAUAUAGUUGGCAGCACUUAGCCCAGAAGCCUCGAAGUUGUGUAGAAAAGUGGCUCAAAUGAAAAGUAGAACACUGAAGAUGUUAGAUUGCGGAUUGCGAUAAGGGAGGGGGGGGAAGGGGUGGCUGAAAUUAGAGGAAUAUUUCAUAGGGUACCCCAAACCCAUCCCCCGCCCCCCCUCCCCAUAGCCUCUUCAGUCGCAAUCGAUACUUUUUAGGCAACAAGCAAAACUUUGCAAACUUUCGAAACUCUUUGUGCAAGAACUGUUAGCUACUUUAAAUCAAUUUGUUUGAUUUUUCUAAGAAUGGAAGUUUCUGUAAUCCUUUCCCGGUCCUGCACACCUCCUUGCUUCGGGUUCGCUUUGUACUUUAUCCUUGUAUAGAACUGAUUAUUAGUCUCGAACGAAACAGAAAUGAAUACAUACCUUCAAUGUUUCUAAUGAACUGAAACAUUCGCCUCAAGAACACUGCAAGCGCAAACACAAGGAUUGAAACUGAUACGCCUUGCUCUGAGGUUUUCCUUUUUCGGUGCGCGCGUUAUGUUGCGACGUUUUCAGCUUCCUCAAUGUUUACGACUGCGUCUCUCGAUGAUAAUUCCUCGUCAUCCUUUUGUAUUUACCAGGCCAAGCUUCCAAAGACGCCAGCAGAACUGCCUUCUGGAAACUUUUCAGAUACAUCCAAGGCAACAACGAAGGAGGGAUGAAAAUCAAGAUGACAGUACCAGUGACAAACAGCAUGCAGUUGGAGGACCCUGAAUCGAACACCUUCUACAAGAUGAACUUCACCAUGAGUUUCUUUAUCCCUUACAAGCAUCAGGAAGACGCUCCUGCUCCAUCCGAAGAGGACGUUCAUCUGUCAGUCGUGCAGCCUUUCUGCGCGUAUGUAAAGGUAUACGGUGGUUUUUCAAACAUCAGGAAGGUGAAGCAAAACUACGACGCUUUGGUGAGGUCGCUGAAAAGGGAUGAACUUGAUGGGGAUAUCUCCACCGAUACGUUCUAUACUGCUGGUUACAACAGCCCAAUGGAGUUAUUUAACCGCCAUAACGAGAUCUGGAUCGUGAGUAAGACGCACAGCCCAAAUUCAAAUGAGGAGAUUGAAGAAGAUUUUGAAAUCGGCAAUUUGUAGAUCUUGAGCGUAUUUUAGUUGCAACCUUAGUAUCAGACAAGAGUUCUUUACGGUUUUCUCAGAAGUGACAUGCAAUAAAUGUUUGCAAAUGUUAUUUUUUGAUACCUUAAAACACUGCAGUAGAGCUUGUAACAAAAACUGAGGAAAUCAGUCUGAAGUAAAUAGAAAUCAAUGAGAACCAAAAUCAGCAUAACUCAGUCUUCGAUUAUCUUUCACUCCUUCAGAAUUUUUAGUAUAUAUAAAUAGUGGUUGUGAUUGUUCUCCAUAAUGCAUAUUAAAUGUAUUUUUUACAUAAGAAACUGACCUCUUUACAUGCAAGAACUGUUUAAAAGGGCUAUUUGGCAAACCGAACAAAAAAAACCCUCACCCCUUCCAUCAUUUCUCCUUUAAACGCAAUUUUUAUAGGUGGAACGAAUCUAUUUUGAAUGCCCCAAAGAUUGCAAUGCAAGCUCUCUUAAAAACUGUUACUAUGAGAAUGAUCCAUACGCGACUGAACUGUGUGGCAGGGGAAAAUUUUACCAAAGGUAUUUUUCAUCACCCCCUCCAACAAUAUGUCGCCAAAUUUCCACAUUUGAGAUAAAAGAAUUGAUCAGCAACGUAUUAUUACUGCCCCUUUAGAUUGAUCACUGCCGUAUAACAUUUCAUACCCUUCCCUCGCUCCUAUUUUCUCACCGUAUACUGGAAAACGUAUGAGAGAGGAACUAUUCUUUUAUUUGUAAACAUAGAAUGAAAAAUAGUAAAUUAAAAGUACAGCAAAUAAAGAGAGAAAUAUACGUUUUUCGUCUCGCGACGAGCAUGGG